AUAUUAUUUUCCUACGUAUGAGAACGACACGCUCCUUUGUACACUGUCUGACAGCGAUGAAGAUAAAAGUGAUGACCCAACUCAUAGUGAGGAUAUCCCAAUAAUUGCGGAGGACAUCUCCAACCUACAAAGACUAAAGCAAACCAGCAUCUUCAACCAGCUGCUGAAGAACUGAGGAGCUGAUGGACUUUUGUUGUCUUUCCUGUCAAGACAUAUUAGGACACACAGCAGAAUAUUAUUAAAAUAACAUAUUUAAUUCUGUUUUUAUAGGGAGGACAAAUAAAUAUGCAGAUGAGACCUGCUUCUACUCUGCGCAGUAUAUUAAAAAUAAAAUUGUUUUUCCAAAUGUAA